CAGCGGUACCGUCGGGGUAGUAACUUCUUGCACCGCAACGAGCCGAAUCGAAACGAAUUUGAACUGUAAAUCAAAUUUUUUUGUUCAAACUUUUCCUAAUACUUGUAAAUAGAAAGCGUGGGUGCUCAUUUGUCGCUUGUCCCCAUUACAGUGUCUAAUUUGUACCACGACAUUAUCACAUUAAAUGUAAAAGAUCAGAACUGUUUUUUUAACAUUGUAUUCUGUUUGUCGAUUGUCCCUAAAUAAAUCUGAUAAAAAUUGGUGUCGAUUGUUUUUUUAAAAGAACAAAAUAAAAUAAGGAAAAAACACUAUUUCGUAAUUCAAAAAGUGACUUUAAAAAUAAAAUUAAUUCAAAAUGGUUAAUUACGUGUUAUCAUUCUGUAAAAUUACUGGUGCCAGCAAAAUUUUUACUAGAAAUUUUUAUUUGCCACUACUAAAACCGCUGACGCCCAGAGAAGCCCUGCGUACUCUGCGUAUCACAGGAAAAUGGUUGCUAGGGGCUAAAAGGCAACAUUACAUCCCAGUCCUGCUAAAUCACGAACAGAAGAAACCGAAUAAUGCAGCAGAUUAUGGUAAGCAAGAGCAUGACAUAAUGGAAGAUUACACGUAUAUGACCCCCGUUCUAGACCCAGAAAACGAAACCCACAGAAUUUUGAUAGAUAUCCUUGAAAGUAAAGAUAAAAAAGGGGUAUUCGUUUAUACAGUGGAGGACAGAAAGUACAAUAUCGUGCUCCAGGCCCAAUUUGAAUUGGCUAUACGAGAUGGUGACAUAAGAGACGUCUUAGUAUCGCAAAAAAAUGAUAAAAUUAUUAUGAAAUUGAAGGACUUCAAGAAGGUGCCCAUGGAAAUACAAUAUUUUGAGGGCACAGACGAAUUAACUUGCGGUGAAGGUGCCACCUCUCCGGAGGAGGAAAAAUUUCACCACCACGGUAAAUAUACAAUGAGCCUGGCAAAGAUAUUCGAAGAGAAGGAAAUGCGCGAGGAGAAGUGGGAGGAGGAACUCAAAAAAAUGAUGAAGAGAAGGAAGAAGAGGAAAUGGGAAAAUUCUAAAGCAUACAAGGAGAUGAUGAAGAGAAACUUGAAAAACCUGAACUGGAAAAAGUUCGAGGAAGACGCUAAAAAAGUGAUUGAAGAAAUAGAGCAUCCCGCUAGUGAAAUACCUAUAGAAAUGGAAGUUGAUGACUUGGACGCGACGAAGAAUGUGAACGAGACAAUUUUAAGACGCGGACCAGAAAUGUUAAAUCAGUUGCCAACCCUGACAGAAAUUCCGGAUAUAAUUAAAAACUUGGGCAGUGCCAGCUUACAUGCAAUUGAAGAUGUUGCUGAUGAUGAGAUGGAACCGAGUGAGCAAUCGAAAAAGCGUCGCGUGUCUGGGGUUAAAGUUACCCUACCAUCAGGAAAGGAGUGCUUCGUCAGUGGCCAAAUGGUCCACACAGAAGACGGAGAGGUAUUUGUUCCAGGACAAACUAUCCGCAACGAAUACGGUGAUGAAUAUGCACCUGGUAUCACCAUAAACGUAGACGACAAACCCACACUCAUAAAUGGGUUAAUCAUGGGGGAGGAAGAGCGCGAUCCCAUGUUCCUUCCCUCUCAGUCCACCAUUACCUCUGAUGGACAGCUAACUUUUGCCUCUGUACCAGAAGAAAGGCCAGCACCUCAACCAGAGAGCGAGAGAAAAUUAAAAAGGAAAAAUAAAAAGAAACAAGAGGCAGAACAAAAAGAUGAAGAGACGAUAAAUAUACACGAUAGCCCUGCAAUAUUUGAAUUCGUCAUUAUCGAUGACAAUUUCGCUUUUGACGAUUUUUCCGAAUCCGAAGAAAAAUCAACUGAUGCUUCCAGUGUGGAAUUAAAUAAUUCCGAAUUAGAGGAACUAGACAUCGAGGCUAUUAGGCUAAAACAGGAGCAACAGCGCUUAGAAUUAGAAAAGCUUAAGCUAAUAUUAUUAGACGACGGCAUGGAUGACAUAAUCGCUAGCCUGGAAGAUAAAAAGGCAGAGCUGAAUAAAAAACUCGAAGAACUGAGGAAACUAAAUAUAAACUCCGAGAAUAGCCUGGUAACAUAUGUAAACGAAAGCGAUGCACUGGAAAUGGCAGCGAGAAUAACUGAGGAUAAAGACACUAUUAUUAGAAUUUCGGAUAUACUGCUGACAAUGACUCGGAGGGCAGCGACUUUUCGGGAUAAAAAUAAUGUACGCACAGACAAUAUUAAUAACUCUCUCGCAAAUGCCGCCGGCUCCGAAUCGGAGCGCAAACUUAACGCUUCCUCGAACAAACUGCAGGUACUGUUCAAGACAGCCCUUGUUGCCGCUAAUGAAGUAUUUAAAAACAGGCCCAAGGACCAAAUGAUGGCUCUCAACGCCAUAGGGGAUAUUAUGAUAGAUGCCCUUAAGGUCAACAGCAAGUUACUCCAAGAACUAAUCGAUUUGAUGCAAACCCAGUUUGAGAGGACAGAGGUUUGCGAUGUAGCCUUUAAACAGCUCACACAGGUCGUAGAGGACACGAAAAUAGGCAUGUUAACUAUGAUAGCCAACAAGAAUUUGUCCAAUUCCGAACUACAAGACUGCAUUACCAAAAUGUUGGGAUCAGAAAAUAUUAUAAACGUUUCCUUCUCAAAAUUGAUCAAGGUUAAACCAGAGAUAAUUAAAAUACUAAAGGAAAAUACAAACUGCCAAUUGAAAUAUGCAAAAACCGAGGAAGAUGCUUUUGAUAUCCUGCAGAAAUGUAUUGUAAAAUCAACCAAAAUCUGGAUGGACAAGGCCAUGGAGGCCAAGAAAGAGGAGACCAAAGGAAAUGACCUGGUUGAAUUCGUAGAAGAAGCUUCAAGCUUUGCCAAAGCUUUAGGCCUAGAGCAAGUAGUAGAAGACUUGUCAAACAGCAAAUUUCCACUAAAGCUGAAUUGCUACGACCAAGCAACGACAGACAUGCUGAAACGAAUGGCUUUAAUAAAGCAGCUAUCAGAAAGAGAUUAUUCGUUGAAAACCGCCAUAACUCGAAUAAAGAAAAACCCAGAACGUGGCAAGUCGGACCCAAGGAUCCGCCAGCUGGUAAGGGAAAGUGCCGCAUUAAUUUGCAACUUGUCCACGAUACGAAACUCUCGAGAAAUCCCCUUGCAACUGAUGAAGAGUCAGAACCUGCUAGCCAUAGAAGAUUUCCUCCUCAAAAAGGCCAAGUUCGACCAUCCGGUCUUGAUCACUAGGGGUAGCACGCAGGCGGUGAUUCCCAAAGACGCAGCUCGGGGUGUCCUAGCUGGAAGGGUGUCCUACAUUCUCAUAGACGAGAGCGGUGUGACAAAUUUCAAACCGAUGCACAUGAUUUCCGGGAUGCAGCUUAACAGAAACCGCGAGAGACGCAUAGACGAUUACUUGAGUGGGGUUAGAGAGCGGUCUUCAGACAGAGACGAGGCAAGGACCUAUCUACAGGCAAAAAAUAACGGUUCCGAUAGUGGCAAACGAGCGAUGAGCUCGGGAGCCCUUUCUAGGGGCUACACCGGGCCACGUGCCUAACAAUAUGAGGGAGGAAGAACUAGAAGUAGCCCUGAAGGUGGUGAUCGUGGGCAAUGGUGGAGUAGGAAAGUCUAGUAUGAUCCAAAGGUAUUGCAACGGUACGUUCACGAAAGAUUACAAGAAAACAAU